AUGGUUUCACGCAAGAAUUCGAGCGCCUCGGAACCCCUUCGUCCAUUUCAUUCCCAUAACAAGGAGUCACUCAUGCGAACAGACGCAGAACGUAGUCCGUCGCGGUUUAAAGUUAUUCCAAUUCAAUAUGUCAUGUCAGCCCGUCCAGGUGGAAACGCGCCAUACUACGGCCGAAAAAUAGGAAGAUUAGUUGAAUUCGCCCACGGAAUUAAAGGAACGGCCUACGCCGUCGAUGACACGACACUGUUCGUUAGAGGAUUCGCCUACGACGGCACCGGCCCGGACGCCUACUUCUGGGUGGGCAACUCGCCCAGGCCGUCGCCAGAAGGUUACAUUAUUCCCUACCCGGAAGAAUAUGUGGGACGGGAACCUCCAGUUCUCAGAGCUUACAAUAAUACUGAUAUAAUCCUGAGGCUGCCAAUGGGCAAAAGAAUCAGGGAUAUACGCUGGUUAUCAGUUUGGUGCAGGAGAUUUACGGUGGACUUUGGAGAAGUUUUUAUCCCCCCAGACCUAGAUGUGCCAAAACCACGAGUUCUGCCCGAAUUCAAACGUCUCGCACAUGCGCUACGAUCUGGUAAUAUAAGUGUUCUGGAUGCCAAGACGUUCUACAUCCCUAAUUUACAUUACGAUGGUGCAGGCCCUGAUGCCUAUUUCUGGGUUGGAACUGGACCAGAACCAUCAGAAAUGGGGAUUAAGGUUCCAAAUGAAAUGGGUUCUCUGGAACCAUUACGGGGUUACCAAGGUGAAGAUAUAGAAAUUCAGCUGCCUGGAAAUUUAACAGUUUAUGAUAUAGAUUGGUUAGCAAUGUGGUGUGUUCAGUAUAGACAUAAUUUUGGACAUGUCAUGAUACCGAAAGAUUUAGAUGUACCUCCAGCGUUGGGACAGACUAAAAUAACGCCUUCUUGGUGGUAUAAUCCGACAAGCACAACUAUCAAACCAAUCACAAAUACAAAUUGCAGAGAAUUUUUGGAUAGACGAUUACAAGUGCGAUGGGAAGUACAGGGUGAUUAUAUACAAAUAGAACUAUCUGCCCGAAUUGAAGAAAAGGAAUGGGCUGCUUUCGGUUUAUCUGGCAAACAAGGAGCUCCUCAAAUGAAAGGUGCCGAUGUAACAGUAAUCCACUACGUUUCAAACGAGGAAAAUUUCUACGCCACAGAUUAUUAUUUAUCAGACUUGGCCCAAUGUGAUGGCAAGAAAGGAGCUUGUCCUGACGAACGUAUUGGUGGUAGAAACGACGCCAAAGUUGUUCGAGGUACUCGAAGAAACGGCGUCACUUCGGUCACUUUUAGGAGACCUUUGCAGACUAACGAGCCUGUAAAUGAUCUUCCUUUCCGUGUUGGAGGAUCUGGACAAAAUGCACAGUCUGUGAUAGCAGCCAUUGGGCCUUUGAAUUCGAGAAGAGAAGUCAAUAAGCAUAAUAUUCGCGAUCAUUCGACUUAUGACCAGAAAAUUGAUUUUUCUGCUACGGAUGAUCAUCAGUGUACAGCUUCUUUAUAUGAAUUAUCGGAAGCUUCGGUAUACACAGCUUGGGAACCUAUGACUUUAGUGGCUUCUAGAGAUACAGUGAAUAACACAUUCACUGCCAGAAUAGGACCGACCGGAGGAAAACGGGGAUACACACCAAUUACAGGUCAUCCAAGUUGGGGUAUUGCAUGGUACAUCAAUGAUAUGUUGAUACCAGAAUUAUAUUUGGAACGUGGUCAAACAUAUACUUUCAUUGUUGAAGGAGGAAAUGAUAGAACAAAUCCAGCUAGAUACCAUCCAUUCUACAUAUGCGAUUCAAGUGAAGGCGGUUAUGGACAAAAAACUGAUUUGGAGCAAAUGAAGCAAAAAGUUUAUGCAGGAGUAGAUUUUGAUAUGGACGGUUAUCCUUAUCCAACAGCAGCUGGAAGAUAUUGCGAGUGGAUACAUAAAACAGUAGACAGAUCUGCCGAAUUCGAAUCCUUCCAGGAAUUUAAGGAAACUUUGUCUUUGGAGUGUGUUGGCGGUGAACCAGCUGUUUUAACCUGGACAGUGCCGAUAGAUGCACCUGACUUAUUAUACUACCAGUGUUACACCCAUAACAACCUCGGCUGGAAAAUCAACAUUGUGGAUCCAGGCCGAUCACCUCGAAAAAUCGUCGGUGUGAGCAAAGCACCCAGCAUUUCUCAAAAUGCAUCAUGGCCUUUAGCAGCUUUAGCAUUUAUUAUUACCAGUCUGAUACGAGGAUUAAAUGGAAUCGAGGAAUGA